CACAGCCAGACUACACAGCAGACAGCAAAGAACACUGAGCACUGAGCACUGAGCACUGAGCAGGGAGCGCAGCUGGAUACUGGGGAGAUCUGUGCUAUUGAGAGGGCAGUGGACUAUAAUUAGAUGUGGAUUGCUCUUGCCAAGGGUCAGAGGUCAGGGGCCACCAGCUGUAGCCUGAAAAUGAGCUGCCUGUCAGCAAGGGUCAUUCUGGCCCUGGGAUUGUUCUCUUACGUCCUUGGUCAAGGAAACUGGAACCAGGGACUGGCUGUGAACAAGACACCUCUGAGAGGGCGAACUGGAACACAGAGGACAGCCGGCGUGGCCCAGCAAGCUAACGAAGAUGAGCUGGAGUGGAGCACCUGGUUCAACGUGGACCACCCCGGGGGCCGGGGCGACUACGAGCAGCUGGAGGCCAUCCGCUUCUACUACCGCGAGCGCGUGUGCGACGAGCCGCGGGGCCUGGAGGCGCGCACCACGGACUGGGUCCCCGCGCAGCGCACGGGGGAGAGCGUGCACUCCGACCCCCGCCGGGGCUUCUGGUGUCUGCACGCAGAGCAGCCCGCCGGCAGGAACUGCUCCAACUACGCAGUGCGGUUCCUGUGCCCCAAAGGCGCCCCCAGAAGCCUGUCUCCGGGGGCCUGGGGCCAGUGGUCGGAGUGGAGCCGCUGUCCUGCGCGCUGCGGGCAGACGGCCGUGCAGAUGCGCUCCAGAAGCUGCAAUUCGCACUCUCACCACUGGGAGAAGCAGUGCCGCGGGCCCGCUGUGGAAGGCAGAGUGUGCAAAGGACCAUCCUGCGCAGCUUGUAACCUGACCUGCCCGAUGGGGCGCAUCAAUGCUGAGUGUGACGCGUGCAUGUGUGAAGAGCACCUCCUACUGGGCACCGUGCACACUGUGGGUGGGCUGCCUGCCCCUGGGGCCACCUUGUACAGGACUGGCAGAUCAGACAAGCCCCUCACCCUGACUGACCACAAUGGCCACUUCAGAAUACCUGGGGUGUGUCCUGACGGCAACAGCACGCUGAGAGUCACGCUGCAGGGUUACUCCCCCAAGACCCUCCUUGUGCCCUUCAGCAGGGACCGAAUCUCCGUCAUUCACAUCAAGCUGGAUAGAGCAGAGAAGCCCUUUGUGGUUAAGAACCCCGAGAACAGGGUGCGUCUGGAGGGAGAGACCGUGGCCUUCUGCUGUAAGGUCAAAGGACAGCCGGAGCCUCACAGCUACCUGUGGUAUCAUAAUGGCAGCCUACUGGACAGGAGCCUGUUGAAAUAUGAUAGCACUCUCUUGCUCAGAAACCUGAAGAGAAACCAGGCAGGGGAGUAUUAUUGCAAGGCAAGCAAUGAAGCUGGCUCCAUCAAGUCACAGCCCGCUACUCUCACUGUGCAAGGGUAUGAUGAACCUACAUGCAACCCAGACCCUGAAUCCUACUUGAUCCAGCUGCCUCACGACUGCUUUCAAAAUGCUACCGAUUCCUUCUAUUAUGAUGUAGGGAAGUGUCCCACAAGACCCUGCGCUGGGCAGCUGGAUAACGGGAUAAGGUGCAAAGACCCUGUUUCGUACUGCUGCGGAGUGCAAAGCAUGGAAGAAAGGCAAAUAGCCUGCAGGGGCUACACUCUGCCCAUGAAGGUGGUCACUAGGUGUGGCUGCCAGAAGUGCGUCAAGACGAAAGCGAUAGUACGAGGGCGGGCGGUGGCUGCAGACACAGGGGAGCCACUGCGAUUCGGGCACAUCUUCAUGGGCGGCGUCAGAAUCAGCCGGACGGGAUACAAGGGAACCUUUUCCAUCCAGGUGCCGACAGACACGGAGAGGCUGGUGCUUACGUUCGUCGACCACUUGCAGAAGUUCGUGAACACCACCAAAGUGCUGCCCUUCAACAAAAAGGGGGGAGCGGUUUAUCACGAGGUCAAGCUGCUGAGGAAGAAGCCACCCGUGACUUUGCUCGCCACCGAGACAAACGUGGUCGCGCUGGGGGAGAAAGAAGGGGAAGACCCAAUUGCAGAGCUACAGAUCCCUCCUUAUGCCUUUUACAGGGAAAACGGCGAAGUUUACGUGGGGAAUGUGAAGGCCAGCGUCACUUUCAUGGACCCCAGGGACAUCUCCACUGCCGCCGCCGCCCAGAGUGACCUCAACUUUGUGAGCAGCGAAGGGGACGUGCUGCCCCUGCGGACGUACGGGAUGUUUUCCGUGGACUUCACGGACGAAGACGCCACCGAGUCCCUGAACGCCGGGGAGGUAAAGGUGCUCCUGGACACAGCACAGGUCCAAGUGCCGGAACACCUGAGCACGAUGAAACUGUGGUCCCUCAACCCAGAGACAGGCCUCUGGGAGGAGGAAGGAGACUUCCGCAUGGAGAAGAAGAGGCGGGGGAAACGGGAGGAAAGAACCUUCCUCAUAGGGAACAUGGAGAUCCGGGAGAGGCGCCUCUUUAACCUGGACGUCCCAGAGAACCGUAGGUGCUAUGUGAAAGUCAGGGCCUUUCGCAGCGAGAGGUUUAUGCCAAGCGAGCAGGUGGAAGGGGUGGUGAUAACCCUGAUUAAUCUGGAGCCAACACCAGGUUUCUCAUCCAACCCACGAGCAUGGGGGCGUUUCGACAGUGUCAUCACCGGCCCCAAUGGCGCUUGUUUGCCGGCUUUUUGUGAUGAUCAAAAAUCAGACGCUUACUCAGCCUACGUAAUGGCCAACUUGGGAGGAGAAGAGCUUGAGGCUGUUGCUUCAUCUCCUAAAUUUAACCCAAACACUAUUGGAGUCCCACAGCCAUACCUCAAUAAGCUGAACUACAGGAGGACAGACCACGAGGACCCCAAAUUGAAGAAAACUGCCUUUAAGGUUAACAUGGCAAAACCGAACUCCAAUGUCGCUGAAGAAAGCAAUGGUCCCAUCUACUCUUACGAAAACCUUAAAGAAUGCGAGGAAGCUCCCUUCAGUGCAGGUCAGUUCAGGUUUUACAGGGUUGAGGGCGACCGGUAUGAUUACAACACAGUUCCCUUCAAUGAGGACGAUCCCAUGAGCUGGACAGAAGACUACCUGAGCUGGUGGCCAAAGCCCAUGGAGUACAGGGCAUGCUAUAUCAAAGUAAAAAUAAACGGGCCCCAAGAACUUAUGGUCAGGUCCCGAAACAUGGGUGGCACUCACCCGCAGACAGUUGGAAAGUUUUAUGGGAUCCGGGACGCCCGCACGAUCCGUGACAUGGACCACCAAGGCGUCUCGGCUGUUUGCCUGGAGUUCAAGUGCAGCGGCAUGCUGUAUGACCAGGACCGUGUUGACCGAACCCUGGUCAAAAUCAUCCCCCAGGGGAGCUGCAGGCGGGAGAGAGUCAACAGCAUGCUGCAGGAGUAUCUGGUCAACCACCUCCCCCUGGCGGUCAACAAUGACACCAACGAGUUCACCAUGCUGGCCCCCCUGGACCCUCUCGGCCACAACUACGGCAUUUAUACGGUGACCGACCAGGACCCUAGAACCGCCAAGGAAAUCGCGCUGGGCCGCUGCUUUGAUGGCACCUCGGAUGGCUCCUCGAGGGUCAUGAAAACCAGCGUGGGGAUGGCGUUGACCUUCACCUGCGGCACCAAGGAAGUCACGCAGCAGAGCGUGUUCCAGAGCCUACAGAGCAGCCCCAGCCAGUCCCUGGUGGGCGCUGUUCCAGGAGGGAGACGAAACAGGAGGCAGAGAGGGAACAGUCGCUCUCGCAACUCUCUCACUUUGCGCCAGAGAAUCGGGGCCACCAACGCCGGCUGAGACGGGUCAUCACCCGCUACCGCAGCCGGGACAGAAACGAGAGCACGGUCGUGCCGCUCAAGAUCCGUCGAGUUUGAACUCGACCACUUGGAAAACAAAAACAAUUUUCUUGAAAAUUAAAGCAAGAAACAUUACCUGUUUUUAUCUUAAAACUCUAUAGUCGUUCAUUUUUUAAAAAAUAAACCUUUGUGUUAUUUGGUAAUACUGAACCAUUCUGUACAGAAUGUGAAUACUAAAUGUUAUAAAAAGUCUUCCCGUCAACAAAAAAGCAUAAAUCAAUGUUUACAUGUAAUCUCAGCAUGUUUUAAAAGCUUAUUUUUCAAACUGUGAUAAAUACCACAUGUACUUGAAAUUGUAAAUAAUGGGUAAUUUAUUACUUCAUGGGAGGGUCAAAAAGGGACCAGUUCAGGGCUACAGUUUGCAAUAUGCAAGUUUUUUCAGACCACUGCAUGGCAGAAUGACACAUAAUCCUUAAUCUUAGCUGUGAGGGGAAAGUGGGAUUUAUUAAUCUAGAUAGAAAAUAUGGAUUUAAACAACCAGAAUCUGUGUGAUGUUCUGGUAGGCUCAACAUUUUCCAUAAACAUUCUCUCUAAACAUUCUCACACUUGUCUAGAGAAAAUAUGGUGGAAAAACAAAAUUACAACCGGUUCUUCAUAUCAAACAUCCUUGAGAUAAAAAGGAAAAACAAACAUGUUACUUUUAACUUGUGGUAACCCUUCAAUGAUGCUGUAAUUUUAGGCUUCUCUGCCCUUAGGUUGUAAAACAUUGUGCAGUAUUUUACAAUAAAGUCUCAAUAUAAUUUUUGGCAUCGCUUUCAUUAAAAUUUAUUUAGCUAUGCUUUAGUCUUUGCUUAGCAUAGGUAUGAGUAUGUGUUGCCUUACUAUAUAGUAGACAACUUUAAACUGUAAAAAUAUUGGAUGUUAAAGAAGUGACUGUUACUUUGCAACACUCAUUAUGAUGCAAAAAGGCUGAAUCAAAAGUAUGAGGAAACUUUUAAAAAUGUAAGACCCAAAAUAACUCAAAAAUGUUAUUUCUGCUAUCCAGCAAUGUUUUGCAAUUCAGCAUUUAAAAAAAAUAACCCACUAAAAAACAACUCGCCUGAAUUGCAGGAAGUCAAGGGAAAACAGCACUUCUUCAUUCAAAAAAAAAAAGGAGAAACACCCCCUUAAUAUAAUAUUUUUUCAUUUUUUCAAAACAAUCACUGCCAUACAAGUGCUGUGCAUACAAGUGUCCUGAGUAAAAUGACCUCUCAAUACAUUAAUCCAUGCCACAGUACACAGGGUCAAGCAAAAGUUGCAGAAACGUCAAGCUUGAAAAAUUAAACUGCAUAUCCAUGCAUUCAUUAAUAAGUACACUGAACGCCUUUCAGAACAGUGAUUUUAUUAAAUUAGAUGCUCUAUAAAACACUGCAGAUGCUGCAAUUUGCAUUUCUGAUGUCCAAUGUUUGUAACACUUUACGCUAAGCAAAUUUCUUAAAUUGUUAGAAAAAAAGGCCUACAAUAUUUUGUUAAUUACAGCCCAUACAAAGGCCCCGGGUCCAUUCUUUUAAAUACGCCAAAUUCCCAACCAUACUUAGAACAAGGCUGCAGAAGCUGUCGAAGAUACCAGCAAUGAG